GGGAGUUUUGUUGAAGUUGCAAAGUCCCGGAGCCUGCACAGGGCCGUCGGCGCCGCAGCAGCAGCGAGCAGCCGAGCGCGCAUCUGCGGCCAAGGGACCCCGGGCGGCGGCGGCCAGAGCGGAGCGCGGCGCGGCGCACACCCAGCCCAGCCCGGACGCACGGCCCUCCCGCGCUCAGGCGCCCCGGCGGAGCCCCGGCCAUGGACCACCAGCUCCUGUGCUGCGAGGUGGAGGCCAUCCGCCGCGCGUACCGGGACACCAACCUCCUCAACGACCGUGUGUUGCGGGCCAUGCUGAAGGCGGAGGAGACUUGCGCGCCCUCCGUGUCCUACUUCAAGUGCGUCCAGAAGGAGAUCGUGCCGUCCAUGCGCAAGAUCGUGGCCACCUGGAUGCUGGAGGUCUGCGAGGAGCAGAAGUGCGAGGAGGAGGUCUUCCCGCUGGCCAUGAACUACCUGGACCGCUUCCUGUCGCUGGAGCCCCUGAAGAAGAGCCGCCUGCAGCUGCUGGGGGCCACCUGCAUGUUCGUGGCCUCCAAGAUGAAGGAGACCGUGCCCCUGACGGCCGAGAAGCUGUGCAUCUACACCGACAACUCCAUCCGGCCGGAAGAGCUGCUGCAAAUGGAGAUGCUUCUGGUGAACAAACUCAAGUGGAACCUGGCCGCCAUGACCCCCCACGACUUCAUCGAGCACUUCCUCUCUAAAAUGCCGGAGGAGGAGGAGAACAAGCAUGUCAUCCGCAAGCACGCACAGACCUUCGUGGCGCUCUGUGCCACAGACGUGAAGUUCAUCUCCAACCCACCCUCCAUGGUGGCCGCCGGGAGCGUGGUGGCAGCGAUGCAGGGCCUGUACCUGGGCAGCCCCAACACCUUCCUGUCCUGUUACCGCAUGACACACUUCCUCUCCAGGCUGAUCAAGUGUGACCCUGACUGCCUCCGUGCCUGCCAGGAGCAGAUCGAGGCGCUGCUGGAAGCCAGCCUGCGCCAAGCCCAGCAGAACCUGGACCCCAAGGCCUCGGAGGAGGAGGAGGUGGAGGAGGAGGAGGUGGAUCUGUCCUGCACACCCACGGAUGUGCGCGACGUGGACGUCUGAGGGCCCCUCCGGGGCCGCAGAGCCAGGAGCCGCCCUGGGGCUCCUAACCGUCCCUCACAGGACAUUUCGCUACACCAGAAAGGAGCGCUUCAUUCUCCUUGCUGGUUUGGGUUUUUUGUUUUUGUUUUCUUCUGUAUUCUUUGUCUUUUCUGUCUCUGACUUAAGCAAAAGGAAAAAAAUUCCCUGAAAAUGGUCUUUUAGAGGGAGAGAAAGAGAGAAAUAGAAUUUGCACAGCCUUCAGUGGCUUGUACUAUAUAGAGGAUUUUUCUAGGCUGGUAAUGAACUAGUUUUCGCUCGGUGUUGUUUGAGUUUUAAGAAUAGUUGUUAACACACAAGAUGUCUCUAGGGAAGACUAGAGUUGAUUUGUGUGUGUGUGUGUGUGUGUUCAGGGAAAAAAAAGCAUAAAAGACAUUUUAAAAAGAAAAAAAACGCAAGAAACCUUUUUUUCUUCUUUCAAGUAGAGGAGGCUUUAGGUAGAGAAAUGUAUUCUGCUUUCCUGAGGAGUUGUCUUCCACACGGCCCUCGUCUCUACCUGCGCGCUCAAGUAGCCAGUCCCUAAGCAAGCGUCCUAGGCAUAUUGUAGUGGAGGCGACCUCUUUGCCUGGUCCACGGCUGGUUGGUCUCUGUCCGGGUGACCUGUGAUGCCCCCGGGUACCAACCAGUGUCCCAGUGGUAGUGGGAAAAGCCAUCUUACUCGGCCAGCAUGCUCCGGCCGAGGCAGGCAGCAAGAGGGACAGAAUAUAUUCUAUUUUUAUAAUCUCGCUAUUUUUGUAGUCACCCUGUUGAUGAGAUGCUGGUUCCCCCUUCCUCCCCCAUCCCGUCCCCCACGGCCCUGGAGCCUGCCUACAUCAGGUUAAACCCACAGCUACUUUUGUGUUGUUACUCCUUUUGUAUGUUUUCCCUCCUGGGUAUUCUAAAACCAUUCCGUGUCAGAGCACUUUGGUCCGGUGGUGGGAGGCAGAAUGGGAUCUGCCACCUUGGCGGCAGGGGGCAGUGUUUGAAUGGGAUGGUUUGGGAAUACAAUCCUGCUUGUGCAGACGGGGCUGCACCCUGAGUUCGAGUCACUGUGCUGUUAGCCAGGGGUGGGGAGCUGUCUUGAAAGUCAGGAGAAAGUCCUUUUGUGUUGUGUAGAGAAGUUCAAGUCAUAGGAGUCUUGGUGCCAGCUGGAGUUUGGAAGUAGGGACCUGGAAGGUACGUAGAUACCCAGUAGUUUAAGGUUUACCUUUAGAUGUUUCAUGACGGAAGGUUUUUAAACACUAAAAUAUAUAAUUUAUAGUUAAGGCUAAAAAGAAUAUUUAUUGGAGACGAUGUUGAUAAGGCCAGUAUGAUUUAUAAAGUAAUGCAAUCUCCCCGAGUUUAGACACAGACUUUUUUGCCCCCAAAGUUUUAGAACUGUUUACAAAAGAUUGAUCCUUUUAUAAGUAAAGGGUUUCAAGGAAAACUAUGCCAGAAAAUGACAGAUUUGGCCUGCUUGGAAUUCCCCCAAAGUGGUUUGAUCCAAGCAUCAAGGAAAUUAGGGUUCAGUUCUAGCACAUUCUGCCCUCUCUGAAAAGAAAGAUAUAUAUAUAUAUAUUAGUGACAGGUAGAUAAUUUGCACAUCUUGGCUCUUACCUUUUAUUUGAGGGUGUGGAAGGGAGGUGUGGAGGGCUUGAGGCUGAGGCUGAGGGGAUGGGGGGCGAGGGAGGGAGGACCGUCUCGAGGGGACGAGGAACAGGCUGUGGCUCCGUCUUACUUCGCUGCUACCGAUGAAUUCCUGCCCGGUUCCGAAGCAGAUUUGCAUAGCUUCUCUGAAUCAUCUUUCACGUUGUUUUGCUGCUAUUGGAGGAUCGGUUUGUUUCUGUUUUGUUUUGUUUUACGAUGUCAUAUACUGCCAUGUUCUCGUUUUGAUUUCCUCAUAGAAAAUUGUAUUGCAUAUGCCCUUUUUGUAGGUUUUUUUUUUAAUGUGAUCAGUUUUGACUUAAUAUGAUUACUGCUCUAUUCCAAAAACAAAAA